CCACUUCCAAGCGGACAAACAUCAGCCCGCCGAUCCUGUGCCCCCAUUCCUCAGGAUCGAAGAUUACUCAGACUCGCUUGUUGUACCUCUCUCUCUUUACUCGAACCCAUGGACAGUAUGGCGCCGGCAUCAAUCUCGGGUGGUCCGGGCGACGUAUCACCAACAGGCCUCUCAGGGUCUGCAACCAACUCCAAGAUGAGAAAGAGGACCAAAACUGGAUGUCUCACCUGUCGAAAACGCCGCAUAAAAUGCGGUGAAGAGAGACCUACUUGCAACAACUGCAUCAAGUCCAAACGCCAGUGCGAGGGCUACAACCAAAGAGUCAUCUUCAAACCACCGAUUGGGGACUGGCCAAAUCACCCAGGCGUUGUCAGCACUAUCCAAUAUCACACCUCCAUGCUUCCUGGCUCACGCAAUCAAUCAUAUCGAGUGCCCGAGUCAACUACCGGCAUGCAGGAGGGCAUGCUUGGUCCGAUCCAGCCACGCCCGCACGGUAGCUUCGACUUCUCCCACAUCGAUGCGAACCAGACUUCAGCGCCUUUAGAACCCCCACAAGUUUACGCUGGAGGUAACCACGGCUAUACACACGACCAGGCUUACCAGCAGCCUCAUCAACAACCUCUGCCAUCACCUCUUCACCAACAGCCGCUUUCUUCGCCAAACCACCCAUCACACGGUCACACGCCAACUACAUCAUAUUUCCCGCCCCCUCAGUCUAUGCACACCAGCCCACAGACACAAUAUAGGCACGAUUCACACGGCACUUUUCAACCUCCCAUCCAGUAUACACAGAGCGCGCCAUAUCCACCAGUCUCGGUGCCGUACAGCCACGAAUCCAACCUCAAACCCACAAUUCAUCAGCCUCCGCCAAACUACCCGCAGGCCUACCGAUCCGAUAGCCAGCAAGCCGAAGGUUCCUAUCGGGAUCAUUCGAGUGUAUCGCCGCGAAGCGACCAGUAUCCUCAUUACACAGAGGCACCACCGGGCAUGCAAAGAUACGACAGUCAUCCGCAUGCUCCUGUACACCCUCUGCAAGGAGGUCCCCCGAGCUUCAACCACGUUGGAACUCACAAUUACCCAGCAGCAGUUUCUCACGCUGACUUUAGUCAUGCAAGCUAUCCUCCUGUGCAGAUGCCCAUUCAUGAUAUGACCCCAGAUGUAAAGUAUAUGUCUCAGCCUGUCCUCGACCAAGCUACUGCCGUAUCGCAAAAACAAGUGCCCCAGCCGCAACUCCUUCUCGGCGGAUUCGAUAUCGACGACCACGUCAGUCCCACACAAGUUCUCGACGAAGCCGCGAUCGAAAACGAAGACGACGAUUACUGGGACGUUCAAUCAGACGAAGAGAUGUUUGAUGCGGAGACUAUCGAGGAUGAGAAGGCUCUACUCGCGAGCAAGGAAUUCAGUAACAUCCGUCGCAUACACCUUGAGAAUUACAACGAGCUUGGAAUCAGACGAUACGAUACGUUUUUGUACGACGGCUUACUGUCGCACUAUAGACCGGAGUAUGCAGCAAGCCCCUUGCGCAACCCCAAGACUGCGAGGGUUUUCGCGCACUACAUUCAUGUGACCGGACCUACGUUGUCGAUGUACGAACGAAAUCCCCGAAACCCCACCCUCAUCUUCGAAAGCACUACGCACCCAGCUCAGCAAGGACUCUGGACACAUACACUACCGUUGAAGGCCCUCAGCCACCAAGGACUUUUACACGCCAUGCUAGCGCUCGCGAGCCUGCACAUUGCAAGACUACAAGGUGCUUCUAUAACGCCGUCUUACAAACACUAUGCAUACUCUCUAAAACGCCUCGUCCGCUCUCUCGGCAACCCUACAAAACGUCUAUCGACCAACACACUAGCGACCUCCUUGCUCCUGGCCUUCUACGAAGUAUGGACUGCAGAGCACGUGAAAUGGGGAACACAUCUCGUUGGUGCCCAGCGCCUGAUCACCGAGCUCGACUUCCGGUCACUCACGCGAGAGUAUAGACGAAUGCGAGCAGCGCAGACUGCGAUGGAACGACAAUUCCCACAUCAGAAUCCGGAGAUGUUGUUUGACCAACGACAAUUCGACCAAAGGCUCAGAGACAGCGCUUUGAUGCCAGACCAGAGUCUCGUGAGCACGAUCGUGGGGAAGAAGGUCAAUUACGACGACUUUGGAAUGGUGUUUGAAGACAAUGGCGCGAGGCACGACGCGAGGCAAAGCAUACCCGCAAAAUUGGACUUGCAAAGUUACGAGACACUGCAGGAUAUCUACUGGUCAUAUGCUAGGCAUGAUGUUUACCAGAGCCUUGUGAGCGGUCAUCGUCUUAUUAAUCCCUACCGUAAAUGGUCCGACUGUCCUCCAAGAGCCCCACUCGGCCGCACCGAUGCCCUCUACGGCUCCCAUGAUCAUAUCAUUCUCCUCCUAGGUCGUAUCGCAGAUUUUACAGUUCGGGACCGUACUCGCAAACUUCGACAGGUGGAAGCGGAUGGUGGAUGGCGACCCCGCCCUGGUAUGCCCGGUUUUGGCAGUAUGGGACCAUCCCCCGGUGGCCCACCUGGUCAACAACAGAUGCAUGCGGGCUUCGGUGGACCUCCGCCUCAAAUGCAAGGCCCACCGCUAGGAUGGAAAGGACCACCACCUCCAGGAUGGAUAGGUCAACCUCCACCACAGCCUUCACCCGGCUAUGGCCCACCACCCGGAACAACUGGAGGACCACCCCCGGGCCAACCACCACCAUCCAUGCCCAAUUUCUACGGUAUGGCUCCCUCAGCAGGCCCAGGCCCAAUCCUGUCCAGUUACGAAAACCCAAACUACGAACGCUCACCUCCCACCCCCAAUGUACCCAACCCACAACACGCCGACCUACCCACCCUAUACGAGAAAGCAGUCUCGGAAUGGGAAACCAUCAUGGAUGCCCACACAUCCGUCUUACGAGUCUUAGAACAAAGCGAAGCCUUUGCCCCUUUGCCAGAAGAUACCUACCCACCAGCACCAGGAGGUCGGCCCUACGAACACGGUGGAAACAUGACACCCUUCGGCCCAGCCAUCCUACAUAGGAGCUACGACAUAUCCAUCCUAUGGGGCCUCGUCCACCUCUCCAAGAUCAUCCUUUUGAGAUCACACCCGGGCAUGCCACCUGCUGCGCAAAUGGCAGCCGGAGUCUGCGCCUCUGCCACAGCGCCGUACUGCAUGCUCAUCGGCCGUAUAUGGGCUGGCGUCAGUAUACCAGUUACCUCGGACCUCUCCCCUUUCCUCGGCGCGGUCCUGACUGAAUCCACCCUCUCUCUCUUCUUCGCUGGAAUCACGUUCCAGGACCCGCGGCAGCGCGAGUGGCUUAUCACGAGACUGCUUGAAACGGAUAAGAAGACGGGGUGGGCGAGCGCGGGGAUCAUCGCGAAGGGGUGUGAGACGGCGUGGGAGAAGGCCGCGGAGAUGGGGAGGGGACCGCCGUAUAAGAGGAGGACUAAGAAGAUGCAAGUGGCUGAUGUUGAGACUGAGGUUAAUGAGGGGGGUGUGAAAGGAAAGGAGAGGAAAGAGGGGAGGGUUCAAGAGCUUGGCGAGACGAGGUUUGUGGUUAAGAGAGGUCCGCCGCCUUGGGCUAUGAAUUUGUUGGGGACGGAGGAGGAUCUUAGGGUGGGGAUGGAGAGGUUUGGACUUUGAAGGGGGAGGAAGGAUGGAAUGGAGGAGAGAUAGAGACAGAUGUGGGUGGAUAAAUCAAGCCAAGAAUACAAGAAGGGGGGAGAGAAGGUACACAGAAAGCAGGUCGCGUAGCACCUGGGCAGCUACUCAUCCAACGCACCAGAAGCACAAGCUUCAGGGCCGACCAAGGACGCAAAGAACUAACUUCGCCAGCUUCGCUAGCAUACUAUAGGCUUGGUCUCCAAGUGGUCGAAAGCGAAGAUUCAUCUUACCCCUCCAUCAUUCAUUGAGGAAGAACACGACCUACACGCCUCACACCGACAAAGCAUAGCAUCGCCUCAAUAUCCAGCCAUCCAUCUUUUGUUACCAUGGCAUA